GGUUGGUUUAAUGUGAGAACGACUAGACUUCGAGAGCACGAGGAUACUUUAACCAACAAUACGCAUGGACAUAUCUGCUGAUAAAUUGUCAGAGUCUAAACAAUGACCCGGAAUAACGUUUGAGUUGAUCAAGGUAAACGGUGCUGGCUGAAACCUGCCCCAGCACUAUACCGCUCCUGAUUUGAGUGAAGGGGACCAGAGUGACGCCUCCUUCUGUGGGACCCCCUCAGCGGACAGACCCCCCCCCUUCCCCCCAUUCCUCCGCAGGCCACCAUGGGUGACGUAGUCAUUGUGAAGGAGGGAUGGCUUCACAAACGAGGAGAGUACAUAAAGACCUGGAGACCCAGGUAUUUCUUGCUGAAGAGCGACGGUACGUUCAUCGGGUACAAGGAGCGACCGCAAGACGUCGACCAACUGGAGACACCGCUCAAUAACUUCUCAGUAGCACCAGAAUGUCAGCUGAUGAAGACGGAGCGGCCCAAACCCAACACAUUCAUCAUCCGCUGCCUGCAGUGGACCACUGUCAUAGAGCGCACCUUCCACGUGGAGAGCCCAGAGGAUAGGGAGCAGUGGACAAAGGCCUUCCAGGAAGUGGCUGAUGGGCUGCAGAAACAGGAGGAGGAGAGGAUGGACUCCUCACCAGACCCCAUGGAGAUGUACCUCACCAAGCCCAAACUCAAAGUGACUAUGCACGACUUUGAAUACCUCAAACUCUUGGGAAAAGGCACUUUUGGGAAGGUUAUCCUGGUGAAGGAAAAAGCAACAGGAAAAUACUACGCUAUGAAAAUCCUCAAGAAAGAAGUGAUCGUGGCAAAAGAUGAAGUAGCACAAACGCUCACUGAAAACAGAGUACUGCAGAACUCCAAACACCCCUUCUUAACGGGUCUGAAGUACUCCUUCCAGACGCACGACCGCUUGUGUUUCGUCAUGGAGUACGCCAAUGGAGGAGAGCUGUUCUUCCACCUAUCACGAGACCGUGUGUUCUCCGAGGAGAGGGCCCGGUUCUACGGAGCGGAGAUCGUGUCGGCGCUGGACUACCUCCACUUGGAGAAGAAUGUGGUUUACAGGGACCUGAAGCUGGAAAACCUGAUGCUGGACAAAGACGGCCACGUCAAGAUCACAGACUUUGGCCUGUGUAAGGAGGGCAUCAAGGACGGGGCCACCAUGAAGACCUUCUGUGGGACGCCAGAGUAUCUGGCCCCCGAGGUGCUGGAGGACAAUGACUAUGGUCGUGCUGUGGACUGGUGGGGUCUGGGUGUGGUCAUGUAUGAGAUGAUGUGCGGUCGGUUGCCCUUCUACAACCAGGACCAUGAGAAGCUGUUUGAGCUGAUCCUGAUGGAGGAGAUCCGCUUUCCUAGAACCCUGGGCCCCGAGGGAAAGUCCCUGCUCUCUGGCCUGCUCAAGAAGGACCCCAGGCAGAGGUUAGGUGGAGGGCCUGAUGACGCCAAGGAGAUAAUGCAGCACAAGUUCUUCGCUGGGAUCGAGUGGCAAGAUGUGUACGGGAAGAAGCUUGUCCCGCCCUUCAAGCCCCAGGUCACCUCGGAAACGGACACCCGCUAUUUUGACGUGGAGUUCACCGGGCAAACCAUCACAAUCACGCCUCCAGGACAAGAUGAUGGCAUGGAGUCUUUUGAUAGCGACAGGAGACCCCACUUCCCCCAGUUCUCCUACUCUGCCAGUGGGACAGCCUGAACCUAAACCUAGAUCCCCUCUCCUCACUCUCUAAUGGACCAUACCCCUUUCACCCUGACCCCACACACACCCCAAUUUCUGACCAGAACACAUCCUCACAGGCCAUCUGACCUCUUUUCACCUUGGAUCUUUUUCUGUAAUUGUUGGGGCACAUCUCAAUUGUCUGGCGUGGCUUCUUAUCCUGGUCUCCUCUUCAGAUGGACAAGGAGAGAAAGGCCACUUUAGACUAUUGAGAGUCAACCUUGGUGUCACCAGUGUUUCAAAUACUGUACUUGUGUUGCUUAGAGGGGAGGUUUCUGUUGCCUGACAAAAGCAACACACUUGGACACAGUGGUGACCGGCCAACCUAAUUGUUCAUGGCAGCAUGAUAUUCCUGUCAAUGAUAGGUAUGCAGCUAGCCUCAAAAGAGAAGCACAUUCAUAAGCAUUCUCUGAAAACUAGCUUUUUAAACGGUACACUAUAUAUUUCUCCAAAUGGUUGUCUUUAUAUUUUGAUGGAGCAAAGGGAAACAUCAGAGCGUGAUCUUUUAGAAAUAGUCCUUCUUCCCAUCUCCAGCUACUAGCCACCACUGCCAUUGUGCUCUCAAAGACUCCCAGGUUUUACACGUUUGCGAGAGGUAACACUAAAGCUCCACACCUGGGUUGUGUUCAGUAGGGCACAACGAAGCAACACGUUUUGAAAUAGAAAAUGUGUUCUUAUUGAACAAGUUCCCGUAGCACCUCAUGUUUGCCUUCUACCAUUUUGUGCCUUCUGAACAACCCUGCCGUCUCUCACCUCUCAAAUGUUGACCCUCCCCAACACACACACUUAGUAGGAGUGAGUGCUAUAGAACUGAAAUGGAGUCUCUGGAAUGAGCUGUUAUUCUACUUUUCUUCAGUGUUAGUGCCUCACCACCUUGCCUAAGUUUUCCUUAGUUCGUGACUACAGUACGAUGUAUCGACAAAACAGUUGGCUCUACUGGAUCACACGAUCAGUGACGUGGUGAAGCACAGUGUGUGGAUCAUAAAGGACAUUUUUGAUGGGUGUAUUGGCUACAUUUAUGAUUUGUGAAAUAGGAUGUUUUCAUGAGAAAUCAUGUGAAUAGCAAUCUUGUGAUUCCUGUACAACUCCAUGGGGAAAAAUUGCUGCUGCAACCACAGUAGGGAAAAUAGGUAUUUUUCCUGAGACAUUUUAUGUUGUAUGGUGAAAUGACUAGAUGUAUAUACUUGUUUUUCUAGAAAGGUCACUAUCUAUUUACCCAGUGAACAAAUGUUGAGUUGGUCCUUGGUUUAUAUUUCUCUAUCAAAGCUGUAGACAUGUACUUCAAAGUACAUUGACAUGAGAAGUAAUAGAACUCACUUUUUAUAUCUAGCGGAAAACCAUGCUAGCUAAAUAAAUAAACUUGUAGAAAACAGAGAUGCCUUUUUCUACCAGCAUGCCAUUGAAUGCGCACACAUGCAUGACUUAAACGGAAGAGUCUGAAGUUCACCUGCCUGUGUAGAUUUUUUAACUAUUUACCAACCAAGCCGUUUCUCCACAAAUAUUGUCUAUGAUUGAGAACACGUCACAGUCCGGACAAUGUAUAACAAAACUCUUAUCAAUGAUCCAGUUCUGGAAAAUAUUCUGAAGACUGUUAGCUUGGUGGAGAGUUUGUGCAAUAACACAGUGCCGUGGUGAGGGGAAAGGAGGGGCAGACAUAAUUGUCACUGGCAUCCUCGUGAGGGUAGAUGAGAGGGGAGGGCAGCAAUGCUGAAACAAAAGAAAUGGUUUGAAAUGAAUGUCUGUCUUAGCUAGAACUGUGACCAAAGUCUUGUUUAGUUUGUGAGAGAUUUACAACCUCACCCUCUGCUUUGUUUUGUUUUGCCCUGACCCUUAACCUUAUCGGAGUAGCACCGAAAGGCAUGCUCAUGUACUGAUUCGAACCUUGUGUACAAAAUUAAUUGUGUGAAUGUUCUGUUCUGCCAACAAAAUGACCUUUUUGUUGUUAUUUCUCAACAGGUAGCCUAUUCUGUGAUUUGUUUGUGUACAUUUUCUUUUUCUAUUGUUUUGCGAUCCUUUCCAGUUAUUGGGUGUUUUCUCCCCAAUGCUUUUAGCAACACCUCAGUGAGGUAACUGUUACAGUACCCUAUAGACAGACUGCUACUGUACAUAGACAGUUACUGUUGCAGGUGAAACAAACCAGACAGGCUGUGACUGACCACCAUCAAGGAAGGAUGACCGUUAAUUUUGUGUGUGUGUGUGUGUGUGUGUGUGUGUGUACACAAGAUUGUGCGGACAUGUCUGUGAGGGCAGCAAUUCAAUGUGUCUCAAUGGUCCUAAUUGAAUCCAAGUGAGGAUAUCUACAUUUUACUUUAAAAUGAUUGAUUGAUCAAGAGGAUAAUUGACUUAGUGUCCUGAUCCCCCAGAUUCUAGGUUUGUCAAGUGUUAAGGCCUUAGUUUAGUCUGAAUAUAAAUUAUUUCUAGAGGAAAUGGUUCAGAAUUUUCACUGAACAAUACAAUUGAUAAUUAAUGGUAAAGAGAUUGUAAAUUUGUAAACGUAUAUUUAAUUUUGUCCCAUUCCAGUUUCGUAUAUUUUUUAUAUUUGCUUUUUAAUUUUAUUGUUUUUUAAAUCAUUGACCUAAUUGUUGCUUAUCGACCAGUCCUCCCCUGAUGAUUCACAAUGUCAGUUGGAGGGGGGAGGGGGUAAGAAUGUUAAAACAAUUUAUAUUUAAGUUAUUUCAUUCCCUUUGAUGUCCCCUUGGCAGAUGAGAAACUGAACAAUUGAAUGCACCAGCUUUUGUGAACAAAUAACAUUUUCCCUCACUGUAUGGGAAUAAAUGUGAUAUUUUACAUUGGGAUUCAGAAAUAAAGA